CAAGUGACGCGCAAUACACAGUAGCGUCUGGUUGAUCAACACCUCCCACUGGGCAGUUCCCAUACUUCUGCUAUUAACCAUGAAAAUUCACAGUUUUCUUCGUAGCACCGCCCGUUCUCACCCAUUGUCACACGACAUUCCAGUACUCGUAGCUCUCUCCACGAUAUAGACUCCCAAAGGUUUACCGAAGCGCAUGCUACCAAAUUCAUUCAUUGCCACAGCAUGGCGGCCCGAAUGCUCUCUCUAAUUCCGUCCAUUCCCUAUCCUGUCGAGGCAGAGGGGAGAUGGCUCCCCGUGACUUCGACGAUAGACUGGUGCGAAGAGAAUUAUUACGCGACCACUUACUCCGCCGAGAUCGUGAAUACCCUGACGAACCUCCUAUUCAUGUACCUGGCUGCCAAAGGGAUACACAACGUCCUCACCCAGGGCCAUGAUGGCGUCUUCCUUGUCGGCUUCGUCGGCUACCUGCUUGUUGGCAUCGGGAGUUUUCUUUUCCACUCGACGCUAAAAUACCCCUUCCAGCUUGUAGACGAGCUGUCUAUGAUCUAUACGACAUGCCUGAUGUGCUUCGCUACCUUUUCAUACGGCGGGUCAAGGCGGUAUCGCAACACCCUGGCUGCCUCGUUGGUUCUGCUCUCGCUUUUCAUCACCAUCUACUAUCACUAUCUGCAGGACCCAACCUUCCAUGAAGUCGUUUACGCCAUUCUCACCGUCAUUGUCGUAGUGCGUAGUCUUUUCCUCAUGGAGACAAACCUGCGACCAAGAUGGCGUUCCAAGGCGAGAGAAGCAGCCAAUCCACGGCUAAGAGGUCAGGGACCGGCCGCCGUGAUGAUCGAGAAUGAACGGGAUCAAAAGAUUCUGCGAGAGAUGUGGAUCAUGUUCUUCUGGGGCGUCAGCAUAUUCUUGUCCGGCUUCGCACUCUGGGCUGUGGACAAUAUCAGCUGCUCCUCCCUCGUUAGCCUCAGGCGCAAGAUCGGGUUGCCAUGGGGAGUUCUUCUGGAGCUACAUGGCUGGUGGCAUCUGAUGACUGGCGUUGGAGCUUACGCCUAUCUCGUCUGGGGAAUCUGGCUUCGGCACUGCCUCGAUUACAAGCAGGAUGAGUAUGAGUUGGUCUGGCCUCGGUGGACGAGCAUGCCGGUCGUCUUGAAGCGGCAGCCCAAGUAUCAAAUCAACGGAACUGACGAAAAGCUGAAGGAGCUGGUUAGAAACUGACGACAAGAAGCGUACGGAGUACUGAUGAGUAGAAACAUCAUUGAUGGGCACGGUGAGUUGGUCUGCCUUUUUCUUCAAGUUGGCGCGUAUGGGGCCAAAACAAAGUUGGAAACAAGACGGGCGACAAGAAGGAAUAGAUGUAUUUCUAGCUCGUACAAUUCUGCAAUAUGAGUUCUCC